GACAACUUGGAAGAAUUGAGAAUAUUUUUCCAUGCUCAAGACAUUAUAAUUCAAACGUGGAAAAGAGGACUUUUCUAAAGGACAACAUUCCUCCUUGUUCUCUCAUUUUUGUCUAUGAUCAUCACCUUCUUUCUCUUACAUAUACCAUCAUAAAUCCCCCCUUCAACUUGCACACUAGCCACUAAUUCCCUCCUCCACCCUUCCAUAUUCUCAAAGGGCUUCAUGCUUAGUUUUGUUUUUCAGAGACCACAAGUAUCUUUCACGAGAAACAAUCCUGAAGACCACAAGUAUCUUUCACGAGAAACAAUUCUGAAGGGCUUGGUUUAGUUGGACACAAAAUGCUAGGGAAAAAGAUGGUAUCAUUGAAGAAACUAGCCAGAAAAGUGAAGACUGUUGGUGGAGCUGAUCCUGACCCUCCCUACCAAGAAUGUUUGCUAAAGGGGUAUGAGGAGGAAAAGGAGUCACCCUCUAGCACAACCCCAACUGGUUUUUUUGCACUUUAUGUUGGUGAGGAGAGGCAGAGAUAUGUGGUCCCCACCAGCUACCUUUCUCAUCCUCUAUUCAAAAUUCUGCUAGAAAAGGCAUACAAUGAAUUUGGGUUUGCACAGAGGAAUGGCCUGGUGGUUCCAUGCAGUGUUUCCACAUUUCAGGAGGUUGUGAAUGCUAUUGAAUGUAACAAUGGCAAAUUUGACUUAGCCAAGAUUUUUGAAGAUUUUGCUUAAAGUGCCAUGCCAUGUUAAUUAAUUUUUUUGGUUAAUUAGUGUUACAAUGCAUCAGAACUAUGUUCUCUUUGGUGGGCUUAUAUUUAUUGGAUGUUCUAGCCAGACUUAGAACAUAGGUCUUCAUGAUGGCUAGCUGUGCUAGCUUUAAUUUCAAUUGAAACAAUUGCUACAAACAGUUUUCAAUUAGGAUUGAUCUGACAUGUAAAUUAGUUUUUGCCGUAUGAUAGUGAAGUAUAAAUUAUAUUAUAGUCUAUCCUUAGCUUAAGCUAGUAUAUUUUUCUCAUAUAAUUUCAGCAAACAUGUCCUUUACUUUUACAACUGGCAUCCAGUGCGACAAAAGUGACCUCAGUAAUCAGGGGCAACAAUUGUGCACGUUCAAUUAGUCAACUGGGUGUCUCACUGGAAAUUUUGUAAUGCCUAGAUUUGGAAGAAAAAAAGAAGAACUAGCUGCAUUGAAUUUACUUGUAUUAAGUUCCAUUCCCUCGGACUU